CUUCCCGACAAGGCUGGCCGACUAUCACCCACCAGAUCUUCCUUGAGCAGUCUCCAAUAAACCGACUGUCACUUCUGCCUUGAAGAGGCGCUCUGCCCACCAUGUUUGCCGGCAAGCGCCUGAGCAAGGAGCUCCUAAAGAUGAAAGACCACCUUCCCCCCGGGAUCACAAUCGUCAAGUCCGAAAACCUCGAGGAAUGGCAAAUGGACAUCAAAGUCCUCGACUCCAACCCGCUCUACCAGAACGAGACGUACCGACUCAAAUUCACCUUUAGCAAUAAGUACCCAAUCGAACCCCCCGAAGUCCAAUUCAUCGAAUGCCCACCCACCUCCGACCACCCCCGCCCGAUCCCCAUCCACCCACACAUCUACAGCAACGGCAUAAUAUGUCUCGAUCUGCUCAGCUCGGCAGGCUGGUCACCCGUACAGACGGUCGAGAGCGUCUGCAUGAGUAUUCAGAGCAUGUUGACCGCUAAUUCGCGCAAUGAGCGACCUCCCGGUGAUAGUGACUUUGUGUCGUAUAAUCGGAGGAGACCGAGGGAUAUUAAUUUUCAUUAUGAUGAUGAUAAUGUAUAAUAUUUCAGGGCACUGGGGGGGUGAAAUUAUUGGUGGUGGUUGUUGCAUUGAUAUUGGCGCGUGAUCUUGAUCUUCCAUUUUCAUUUUACAUCAUAUUCAAGUUCCUCUUUUGAUUCGCUAUUUGCUUUGUUUUGCUUGCUUGAUGCUUAUCAAGGCGAACAAGGUGUUCAACUGGAUUUCGGAUGGAGCGUUGGUAUUAUGCAUGAAAUGCAUUUACGCGUGGGAUUUAUUCUUUCUUGUUUACUCUUUUUCUCUUUACACAGUUACAUCUCCUGUCUUAUAUAUUACAACAUACAUGCA